AUGGAUCCCUUCAGCAUCACCGUCGGUGCACUUGGCAUCACGCAAUUCGCCAUGGAAAGUAUCAACGGCCUUAAAAAUCUUGUCAACAGCCUGGACGAAGCAAAAGAUGUGCUACAAGAUGUGACAUCUGGCCUAGAAGCCAUUCAGCGUCCGCUCACUGCCCUUGAGCGGCUCCAGGUCUCUGAUGAGCAGAUCUACACUGCAGUGAAAGAAGACCUAGAGAGCACUGGUGUUGCUCAGGCUGUGAAGGAAUGUGGAAACAAAUGCGCAGAAUUCUCCAAGAAGCUCGAAAAAUGGACAAGACAUUCCUCCGCUACGAGACUUUCUCUCCGAGAUCGAUUGUCGGUCAGCCUCUGGAACAAAGAAAGUAUCCAGACCCUAAAGACUCAGGUCUAUUCUUGUCAAGCCACCGUCCAGUUUGCAGUCACGAGUGCACAACUGCGUCAGGACACCGAGAGACAACUACGAAAUCUUGAGAAUUAUAUCCAGGAGCAUCUCAAAUUCACGCAGAGAAAACAAGAUGAGACUCUUCAGCGCCAGAGAGAUCUCAAAAACCUAGAGGAUGAGGAUGAUGAUGACGGCGGGGCACAGCGUGCUCUAGCCAUCCAAGAAACAAAGGAACAAGCACGCUUGCUGGAAGCUGACCAGAAUUCUUCUGAAAUCUUCUCCCAGAUACUCUCAAAGUUGUCCACUUGGGAGACUGGGAACCAGAGCAAGACUGAGAUAAGGAUUUCAGGCAAUGACAAUCACGGCAUAGUGAUCGGUCAGAGUACGGGUACCGUCACCUGGAAUGGCCAUCGACCCUAA